AUUUGUAGACUUACCUUGCUGGAGUAAACACAAACCGUGCGUGGCGACCGGCAGCCCUGGUGAGAGAGUGGCUCUGAAAAGUGCUAAGUGAUUGACUGAGGCGAGUUUUCAGUGAACAGUUCGUUGCAGUGUUGAUUCGGUUCAUUUAUCAAUAUCGUAUAGCGAACGUGUGGAGCCGCGGCUCGCUGUGUGAUUAGUGAAGUUUAAGCGUUUCUUGGAAAACCAACAAAAGACUGGCUGCCGAGCAAGAGUACACCUCGACGCACCAGGUGAUCGGACAACGCACACUUGAAUCCAAUUAGUUCUAGCCGCCGCGUGCCCAAAUCGACGCAAUCAACACACAUCACAGCAUCGGAAUAAAGUGAUGCAAUUUAAGAAUUUCUCACCACGCGUAAAGUGCAUGUGAUAGACAUUUGAAAGUCUCACGGUUAUUAUUAUUGUUAUCAACGCGACUUGGUCCAUUCAGGUUGCGCUUGAACCUUAGAACCGGUUGAAGUUGAUUCUGCCGCCAAUAAAAAAAAAGUGUAUUAACUAGUGAGCGGUCCACUGAGCAGCGAAUGUGAACUUGGCAAAGGUGUUGGUCCCGUUCUAACGCCCAUUAGUAGUUGCUAAAUAUCGCGGCUAGAGUGGUGGGCGCUGAGUUGAUUGAUCCAGAUAAAUUGAGCGGUGUGUGCAAGCGACUCCAUAAAGUUCUUUCGUUCUGCUGUGCGCAGUUUCUGCGAGAAAUAAAGGAGAUCAGCCGGUUGGUGGCAGCAGAGAUUGGAAGUUUUGCAAAACCAUGACUAUCAAGGUCACGGUGCUCUUACUGUUCGCGGUGUCAACGAUCUGUGCCGGUCCUGCCCUCGGCGGUUUGCUGCGGACGCCCAAGGUCUACAAUGCUGUCAUAACGACCGACGAGAAUCUGACCCCGAGCCGAGCCUAUCCCGUGGUGCAACCGGUGGUUCAUGAAGCAGGUCUGGCCUACCCGUUCGGUGCGUUCGGACCCUUUGGGCUGUACAAUGCGUUCAAUUCGUACCCAGGAUUCUACCAACCGCAGCCGUCAGCUCUUGGUGGUUCACCGGGAGCGGCCGUUGCUCAGCAGGUGCAAGGCAGAAACAAUGCAUACUAUGCACCAAGGAAUCCGGAACCACAACUUCAGGAAGCCCCUAUUGAAACCUUACCAGGUGCACGUCCUCUGCCGGACACCAAUCUGCCGCUUCGAGAGGCUCCAAUACCGGAAGUAAUUUCCGAGCCCAAUAACAGCAUUGCACCGAAAGCUCCGGAAGGACCACGACCAAAUUACGAAGAACGUCCGGCUAAUCAGAAUAGUCCUCUCCAAUUGAAUGAGUUUGGUCUUCCACCAAGUCUCAUUCCUCUGUCUGCAUACAAUGGAGCAACUGGCCAGCAUCAACAACCUUACAACCUUCCAGGAUAUCCUUAUAAUUUCCCAGUGCUAUACGAUUCCUUCGGCAAUUACAAUCCGAACCAAUACCAGUCGGUGCUGCCGCCGUUCGGAUUCUUCCCACAGUUGGCUCAACCAAACCCAUACUUUGCGCAAAAUGUGCCCUCCAAUGGACUCCUUAACAAUUUGGUGGAUCCUCAGCAAGCCAAUCGAAGUGGACGCGAGCAAGAUCUCCCCGAACCAGCGAAGGAAGAUUUACAAAGCGCCGCCCCAGAGAGCAAAGAAGCUGCACCAGAAACGCAAACCGAAGCGGAAGGCACCGAUGCCGCAAAAUCCGAGGAAAGCACAACCGUGCAAAACGUUUCCGAUAGUAUCAAGAACAAUGCCAACAAGAACAAGAACAUCCCGGAUGUACCACCGCCACCGAUUCCAUCGGGCGCCAAGGAAGCCGAGCAGUAAACAAGUGCUACUCUGAAACAUUGAUAGGUUAGGUUACGCAGGACACGUGGGUUCGAAAACACGUUUCACAUUUGUAGGAUACUCAUUGUUCAUCGAUCGUUCUAAUAAUAAAACAUUGUUGUUUUUAGGUA